CGCUGCUCGACCAGGGUCGCUGUUGUCCUUGCCCGUGUUGUGUUGGUUGCUCGCCCCAGGUGCAGUUUACACUCUGCACUACUUGAGAAAAUAACGGGAGCCCGAGCGAGUCAAAAAGAGCUACAACAGAGGUGGUUGCUUUGUGCUGGCCCAAUCUCGAGAUACUGCUGCGUUGGACAAGCGGGCAUCCCGCCAGGAGAGUGUGGGCAACACGACGCACUGACUCCAGCCGAGCGUUCGACCAGGAGGAACACUCGCCACCAUGCCAGCUACCGCUGGGAGAGUGCGCAUGCCGCACGGCAACCGCGUCAGUAGCAGCUCUGCCCUCAAGAUGACGGGCAUCUGGACCAACACCAUUGGGUAUGACCCGUACGCCGCCGAGGGCGGGGGAGCCGAUGCGGAGGACGAAGCCAACGCGUUCGAGCAGGCGCAGGGGCUGAUGGCGCUGGCGAAGCUUUCGAACCAGGGAGUCACGGAGCAGCGAGGAGCUUGCAAAAAGUGCGGAUCGGUGGGCCACUUGACCUUCCAAUGCCGGAACCACAUCCAGCCUGUCGACGCGGGCACGCCCAUGCAGGCGGUUGCGGAGGAGUCUGAUUCCGACUCGGACGACAUCAGCUCUUGCUCUUCGGUGUCCGACACCAGUGACGAGGAGGACUCGCGGCCACGCAAGAGUGGCGGCGGGAGCGGCGCAACCAGCAAGGGCAGCAAGGAUAAGAAGAAGGGCAGCCGGGCCCCGUCUUCCUCCCACAAGGAUAGGGAUCGGGGCAGGGACAGGGACGGGGGGAGCAAGAGAAAAAGGCGGAGGGCGGCGGAUAGCAGCGAUGACGAAGGGAGCAACGACAGCGACAGCGGCAGCGACGUCCGUCGCAAGGGUUCGGGGUCAAGCAAGAAGCGGCGCGCGCGCAGUGGCGACGAUUAUUCCAAGGAUAAGGGAAAGCCGGAGCGGCGGGAGCGAAAGGAAAAGAGGCGGAAGGACCGGGAGAGGGAAAAUUCGCGCAAGUCGUCCUCGAAGAAGUCCAAGAAAGACAAGCGAGAAAAGAAGAGCAAGCACAGCAAGCACAGCAGCCGGAAGAAGUGAUUCGUCUGUUGUCGUCUUUGUUGUACCAAGCCCCUUUGAGCGAGUAUAUGCAGCCAAGGUUGGCUGGCACCCCAGAAGGGCGAGAAGCACCGCAAUCGCGGGGUGGGAGAGGUGGCCAUUUGAGUGCUGUAUUGCAACCGAUGAUGAGAAGAGUGCGCGCGUGUGUGUGGGCCAUCCAAGCGACGAGUUUACGAUAAGACAUGAUGUUUGUGUGAGGGGAGCAGCUCGAACCCAAAGCCUCGACGAUAUGUAUGGGGGAAAUGUCGACUCGAAGACCUGGUUGGUAGGAAACAGAGGAAGGGAGAGGGGCAAGAGACAAUCAAGCUGUCGUUCGUUCGCGCUAUUCGGCUUUGUUUGGGUCCCUUUGUGCUUCGUUCUGGGGGUGUUCGCGGGGGUGGGUGGGCUAGUCUCUCAAGCUAUCCUCCUGAGCCUGAGUACAACAUGUGUCCCUUGGAGAUUCUGUUUCUGUCGUGGAGCAAUUCGUCGUUGGGAACGAUGUGCAGGUCACACUGCUGUAAGAACGGCAUUUAGACACAAGUGACCCACCCUCUGUUGACGUUUGUGGUGGAAACAAGCAAGCGUUCCUGCGUGAAGCUAGCUUCUUUUGAAGCUGGUGUGGAUGAGAAGGGGAGAGUAUUGUUGGAAACACUGCUGUACCGUAGCUGAUACGCAAACGAAAGCAAGUGCGCCCACCUCACAGGGUCGUGCCUUUCAGUUACAUUUGCGAGGAUGGCCUUUCGCCCGUCUGAUGCAGAGGUGUGAACGGGUGCAUUGUUACCUUAUGGAGUUUCGUAUGUUGGAUACAUAUUCUCGAAUUUUUGCUUUGCCGUAGUCAUAUCCGGUGGUUUCCAGGACAGGCUACAACGACAAUCGGGAAUGAGACCGGGAUCUGAAAGGUAGAUUAAGCGAAAGACAAAGAUUAACAGGCUGUGG